UAUGGUCAACUCUAGCCCACACUCUCUAUGGUUAGUCUUUUCUAUCCCCCUUUUGUCUUUCUAUGGUUCGUCCACUCCCCCCCCCCCCUCCUCCAAAUAAGCUUUAUUGCCAUGAACAAACACAGCUUAAUACAUCAAUGUAGUCAUUGCCUAGAAAGAGACAGAGAGAUAUGAUAUACAGAUGUUACUGCUCUCUGUGAUCAGCUGGGACCAGAGCAGCACCAGGGACCAGCACUGCACUGACACCCUGCACCAGAGACUGCACUGAGGAGCAGCACCAGGGACCAGAGGCUACACUGCACCAGGAACCAGCACUGCACUGACACCCUGCUCCAGGGACCAGAGGCUACACUGAGGAGCAGCACCAGGGACCAGCACUGCACUGAGGAGCAGCACCAGGGACCAGCACUGCACUGAGACCCUGCACCAGAGACUACACUGCACCAGGGACCAGAGACUGCACUGAGACCCUGCACCAGGGACCAGAGACUACACUGCACCAGGGACCAGAGACUACACUGAGGAGCAGAACCAGGGACCAGAGACUGCGCUGAGACCCUGCACCAGGGACCAGAGACUGCGCUGAGACCCUGCACCAGGGACCAGAGACUGCGCUGAGACCCUGCACCAGGGACCAGAGACUGCGCUGAGACCCUGCACCAGGGACUGCGCUGAGACCCUGCACCAGGGACCAGAGACUGCGCUGAGACCCUGCACCAGGGACCAGAGACUGCGCUGAGACCCUGCACCAGGGACCAGAGACUGCGCUGAGACCCUGCACCAGGGACCAGAGACUGCGCUGAGACCCUGCACCAGGGACCAGAGACUGCGCUGAGACCCUGCACCAGGGACCAGAGACUGCGCUGAGACCCUGCACCAGGGACCAGAGACUGCGCUGAGACUCUGCACCAGGGACCAGAGACUGCGCUGAGACCCUGCACCAGGGACCAGAGACUGCGCUGAGACCCUGCACCAGGGACCAGAGACUGCGCUGAGACCCUGCACCAGAGACUGCGCUGAGACCCUGCACCAGGGACCGGAGACUGCGCUGAGACCCUGCACCAGGGACCGGAGACUGCGCUGAGACCCUGCACCAGGGACCAGAGACUGCGCUGAGACCCUGCACCAGGGACCAGAGACUGCGCUGAGACCCUGCACCAGGGACCAGAGACUGCGCUGAGACCCUGCACCAGGGACCAGAGACUGCGCUGAGACCCUGCACCAGGGACCGGAGACUGCGCUGAGACCCUGCACCAGGGACCGGAGACUGCGCUGAGACCCUGCACCAGGGACCGGAGACUGCGCUGAGACCCUGCACCAGGGACCGGAGACUGCGCUGAAACCCUGCACCAGGGACCGGAGACUGCGCUGAAACCCUGCACCAGGGACCGGAGACUGCGCUGAGGUCCUGCACCAGGGACCAGAGACUGCACUGAGAUUCAGCACCAGGUACAAGAGACUGCACUGAGAUUCAGCACCAGGUACAAGAGACUGCACUGAGAUUCAGCACCAGGUACAAGAGACUGCACUGAGAUUCAGCACCAGGUACAAGAGACUGCACUGAGAUUCAGCACCAGGUACAAGAGACUACACUGAGAUUCAGCAUCAGGGAUCAGAAAUCACAAUUGACCAGAUCUGAGCACAAAUGUGCAAUCCUGUUUAAAUGGUAAAAGCCAAGACCUGGACUACAGCCUGAUGUACUAUGAUUGGAUGAUCACCCAGCUUCUCCCUCCAUGAUGGGUCCAAGGCGUUACUCCGUCCUGCUGGGCUUCCUGCGGCCCGCGCUGCCUCUGAUCCUGGGCCUGUCCUUGGGCUGCAGUCUGAGCCUCCUGCGAGUCUCCUGGAUACAGGGCGAUGAAAAUGUUUGUAUGGAAAGUCCCCAGAACCUGUAUGGGCUACAAACCGGGCGACUGAAAUCACAAAUGAGUGACCUAAAGCCCCGAAUAAUUCCCUACAUCCGCAAGCCGCACGUCCCCCACAAGAAGGUGCUGAGGACCCGGUAUAUCCAGUCUGAGCUCGGCUUCAGAGAGCGCCUCCUGGUGGUGGUCUUGUCUUCUCGCUCCACGCUGAACUCCCUCGGGGUGGCUGUGAAUCGCACUCUCUCCUCCCAUGUCAGCCGCUUGUUGUUUUUCACGGGGGCCCGGAGCCCCAAGGUCCUCCCGGGAAUGGAGGUGGUGUCCCACGGAGAUGAGCGCCCGGCGUGGCUGAUGUACCACACCUUACGCCACCUGGAGAACCAUCUUCUGUCCACGUAUGACUGGUUUUAUGUCACCCAGGAUGACUCUUACACUAAUGGAUACCACCUGCAGGACCUCGUGAGUCACCUGAGCCCCGGGCCUGCUGUGUACGUUGGCCAACCUAUGGAGUUCAUCGGUGGCCAGGAGGAGUGGAGAUAUUGCCACGGAGGCUCUGGCUACCUGCUCUCUAGGGCCCUUCUGCUCAGCCUGGGGCCACACUUGGAUUUCUGUCGUUCUGAUAUACUUGGUUCGCGGCCGGAUGAAUGGUUGGGGCGCUGCCUGCAGGACACCCUGGGUAUUGCAUGCGUGGCAAACUAUCAGGGGUUGCGGUACGUGUCAUUUGCCCUCCCACGGAAUGUGGAUGUGGAAGCUAUAGACGGGGCGGUGUUGGGCAGCUGCGUGUCUGUGUACCCUGUGCGAGACGCCGCGCUCACGUACAGACUGCAGAGGAAGCUCAGCCAGAUCCGACUGCACAGGACCUACAGGGAGAUCCACAGGCUCCAGAACGAGAUCCGGAACCUUUCUUCUCUAACCCCAAAUGGAGAAGCCAGUCUCCUGUGGCCGGUUGGUAUAAAUCCGCCUUUCAGCCCUACUUCCCGUUUUGACCUGUUGACGUGGGAGUAUUUCACAGAGAGCCACACUUUCUCCUGCCCUGAUGGUGCUCCCAAGUGCCCUUUACAUGGAGUGUGGCGGCUGGAUGUGCAACAGGUCCUUGAUGAAGCUUUGGAUCAGCUGAACCAACGCUACCACCCAUGGCUCCGCUUCAAAAUGCAUCGCCUGCUCAAUGGGUAUAGACGCUUUGACCCGACACGGGGUAUGGAGUACACACUGGAUCUUUUGCUGGAAGCCACGACUGAGAGGGACCAUGUCGGAGUGAUAACCAAGCGUCUUAGUCUCUUGCGGCCCCUGGGCCUUGUAGAAAUUCUUCCUAUGCCCUACGUGACGGAGGCCACACGAGUCCAGCUGGUCUUACCGCUGAUGCCAGCCGAUGUCAGCCAUGUUGCAGGUUUUCUUGAUGCCUUUGCAACAAACCUUCUUGACCCGCAGGAGAAUGUGGCUCUGACUGUACUGCUGGUAUAUGACAUGGGCUCCUCUGGGCAGGAGAAGGAUGUCUUUGAGGAUGUACGUGGCAUGGUGUCGGAGCUGGAGAGGAGGUAUUCAUAUCUACACCUGGAAUUGUCUGUUGUCCACACUGAGUUACCUUCUCAGGUCCGGCUCAUGGAGCUGGUAUCCAAGAAACAUCCAAUGGACACGUUGUUCUUCCUGGUGAGUGUUUGGAGUGAGGCAACCACAGAGGUGCUGAACCGAUGCCGUAUGAACGCCAUUACGGCUUGGCAGGUCUUCUCCCCAGUCCACUAUCAGGAACACAGCCCUGAAGUGUCCCGCCACAGCUUCUCCGCCCCACCGCCGGCGGACUUUCUGCGUGAUGGCCACUUCGACCGUCUGUCUUCCUCUGAGUUCUGCUUCUAUAACUCUGACUUCAUGGGGGCGAGAAGCCGGAUGGCAGCAGAGGUGGGUGCGCAGGAGGAGGAGGAUGAGGACAACGGAAACAUAGAGCUUCUGGAGUUGUUUCUGCGGCACUCAGAGCUGCACGUUUUCAGGGCGUUAGAGCCGGCGUUGGUGCAGAGGUUCUCCCUGAGAAAGUGCAGCACCCACCUCUCGGGGGAAGGUUACCACCGCUGUGUGCUCAGCACCCUGGAGGCAUUGGGCUCCCGCAGCCAUCUUGCUAUGGCUCUGUUUGACCAGGACCAGACUAACAGUACGUAGGCGAGCGCCCAAGCCGCGGCAGUGCCCACAGACAUGUACUAACAAGAUUAUACGCAAUGUGCCAGGAACGUAAAAUGUGUUAUCACAUGUAUAGUAACACAUCGUACGUGACAUUUAUUAAUGUGACCUCUUGUAAAUAUGCAUAUAAAUACUAUUUAUAUCAUCUGGAAA